AUGAUAUCCGCCCGGAUACUUGCUGUUAUGCAUAGGAGCUCAUUGGAAUCUUUGGAUGAUUUAGGGACGAAAGCCGACAUUAAAGUUGGAAAGUUAAACAAGAUCAUUUCAAAAUCAAUUGAAGAAAUUUGUAAGGAGGCAGCGGGCAAAGAUCUUGCAAUGGAAUUGGAAUCAGAUACAGAACACAACCACAACAUGAUGAUCGAUCACAAGAUUCCAACACAUAACAUGCAAAUUGAUCCAUCAAGAUCUUGUUUUCCAUGUUGCAUUGUAUGGACACCUCUUCCUGUUGUUUCAUGGCUUCUUCUUUUUGUUGGUCAUAUUGGUAUAGGCAAAGAAGAUGGAGUCAUUCUAGACUUUGCAGGACCUAACUUUGUGUGUGUAGAUAACUUCACUUUUGGAGCUGUUACUCGUUACAUUCAAAUAAGUAAAGAUAAGGUGCUUGAUAUGCCUGCUUAUGAGGCUUGA